CUUGAGUAUCUGACCUCUCAGUGUCAGGGAGAGCCGAAGAGCGAACCGAGUCAACUGAGGACCAAACCUCGCCGGAGCGCCGUACUACCACCGAAGACUACAGCAUGUCGCCAGCGACCUCCGCCACUGCCGUUUCCGUACCCGGCGUCCUCAUCCGCCAAUCUCUAUCGACCCUACGAUCCUUCCCCGCCGUCCGCCUCCUCCCCUCGGGGGCUGCGAGGCAGCUCCAAGCGACGUCAGCCUCUCGCCGCCUCCCCGCCACCGCCGUGCGCGCCCAGAGCGCGGCCCACCCAGUCGUUCUCUCAGGGUACUCGCCUGAAUCGGAGUUCUACAAGAUUGAGGCCAUUAUCAGACCGUGGAGGGUGUCGCACGUGUCCUCGGGCUUGUUGGAGAUGGGGAUUAGAGGUGUGACGGUGUCGGACGUUCGGGGCUUCGGGGCGCAGGGAGGGUCGACGGAGCGGCAUGGAGGGUCAGAAUUUUCGGAGGACACAUUUAUUGCUAAAGUCAAAAUAGAAAUAGUGAUCUGCAAGGAGCAGGUCGAAGCAGUAAUCGACAAAAUAAUUGAAAAGGCAAGAACAGGAGAAAUUGGUGAUGGGAAGAUAUUCUUGAUCCCUGUCUCAGACGUGGUAAGAAUCCGCACCGGCGAACGCGGGAAGGAAGCCGAGAGGAUGACCGGAGGACUGUCGGAUAGGCUGUCCUCUGUUGUGUCAAUCUUAUGAGGCAAACAGAUUGCCUGCCUGUUAUGAGGUCAGGUGAAGACUCAAGUGUGCCACGCCCUGCAUUGCAAUUGUUAGCUUGCGCAAUAAACUGCAAUGUGCUCCGUGCAAGUGCCGCCCGAAUCAUACAUUGUGCACUGGGCAUGAUCAAUAAAAUUCGAUGGAAUUGAUGUGAAUGCGGC